AUGACAACGAAAUGUUCGAGCAGCUUCAUCUAUACCACAGCUGUAACGAGGAGAAGAUGGGCGGCGAGAGACUUCAUGGGUGGACAGAUUGGUGGUGGUUCCAAUUAUACAGGCCCUGGCCUUGGCAGGAGUUCUGCUUUACCAUCACGGAAUCUUUUUCAACCUGGACAGAAAUUCGACCUCUACGCUUAUUUAUCGGAUUCGUCCGAUAAUUUCGAAGCAUUUGAUGACGAGAAUGCAUUGUUCUGGAAAGAAUCGGAGCUCAUUUACGGUGACUGGAAAUCCGGUCCGGAGGGUGACGGGUCACGUUCCAAGUCAGUUACAUUUCGCACGCCCCAAUCACUUCUCAGUAAUGGUUCUCUCUACCUCCAUGUAUUCAUCGUUAAAGAGCAUCAGUCACCAGACAGUCGAAGCCGUAAUUAUGUUAAAAGAGAGGUAAUUUAUAACGUGCGUCAGCUGAAUAAAUACAGGAAGAAAUAUUACAAGAAGACGCAAAAUUUGCUGACCGGUAAGACGGAGCAGAGUGAGGAGGAGCAGAAGAAAGCGGAAGUGAUGAAUUUUGAAAUCCUCAACUACUGGCAUCCCAAUAUAACAGUCAAUCUUGUUGUUGAUCAAAAUGCUUGGCAGCGAGGUUCACUGCCACCUCCAUUGGAUGAGGCCGUAAAAUUUGAUCCAAUUGAUAACACGUAUAAACCAAUAUUCUUUUUCAACGAUUACUGGAAUCUGGGCGCCGAUUACAUGCCAAUUAAUGAGACUGUGCAGGAGCUCAAGUUAACUGUUCGGUUCGCUCCGAUGUCAUUGUUCAAGUGGCAGUUAUAUGCAUCGCAGCAGAUGCGCGGUAAAUGGUCGCAAAUGUUUGGUGGUGAGCUGUUUGAGAAUGGCGACGAUGACCAGGAUUCAAUUAAGCAAGCACUUCUGGAGACGAGUCCUGUUUUACUUGGAUUGACAUUUGUUGUUUCGUUGUUGCACACUGUUUUCGAAUUUCUGGCCUUCAAGAAUGACAUCCAGUUCUGGAGGUCGCGUAAAAGCUUAGAGGGCCUUUCCGUUCGCUCGGUGCUGUUCAGCGUCUUCCAGUCCGUUAUCGUAUUCCUUUAUAUCUGCGACAACGACACAUCAUGGAUUGUGAAACUAUCCGUUGGAGUUGGUUUGCUGAUUGAGCUCUGGAAGAUCCCAAAAUGCGUUAAUAUAAAUAUUGAUCGAAACAGAAAAAUUUUGGGUUUAAUUCCAAAGGUAACCUUCUCCGAUAAAGGAUCCUAUGUUGAAUCGGACACAAAGCAGUACGACCAGGCAAGUUUGCUGCAUUUAUCAGUUUACCGCUUGCCGGAUUAUCACUUACUGGCAUUCAAAUACCUGUCUUGGUUGCUUUUCCCACUACUUGCUGGUUAUGCGGUCUAUUCGUUGAUUUAUGUGGAACAGCGUGGUUGGUACAGCUGGAUUCUGAGUAUGCUUUAUAGCUUUUUGCUAACGUUCGGAUUCAUCAUGAUGACUCCUCAG